GACGGUAUCGUGCUGGAGAUGUUUGUGCAUGCCGGUGAGGCUGUGACUCGGCGAUUGACGGGCAUGCUCAACGAUAUGCUGGACGGAAGUAAUAUUCCAGACAGCCAGUCUCUGGGCCGUCGCGUGGACAUCGUGCAGCGACGCUUGCUGCGCCGCAUGGUGGGGUGGAUCUCGCACUCGGACGACACCUGGGAAGACCGAGGCCGCAGGAUGGAGCUCCGGCUUAACGCAGCUUUGAACAGCUACAUUUUGCACAAUUGGAGCCACGAGAUACGCGACAGGAAAGUCCACCUAAUCGGGCAAGAACAUGUUUGGCCGGCACUCGCACAUCAUGCUGCCGAGUGGCUGCCGCUGGUCUGCAGUGACCUGAACCAG